AUGUUGAUCAGAGUCCUUUUCGCCUUUGCUUCCACCCUGGCUGUGGCCAAUGGUUUGGCUUUUGAUGUUGACAUCUUUGGGGCGUUCAAGGCCAACCCUCUUCUGACUGACUUCAAAAAAAGCCAAUUCGGUGAAAAAUUCAAGAUCAGCAUGGAUAUCAAAGAGAAUGCAAACGAUGAAAGGAGCCCACGCAUGUCGCUGGAGGGGCUGUGCGUUGAGUUGCUCCAGGAAAAAGCUGCCAAGAAGGAUGUUGUUGGAUUGCCCGGUGCCAAUGGACCCCAUCCCAAUUCAUCAAGUGGUGGCAAAGGACUCGAUGUUCUCAGCCACCCUUCCUUCAUUGACAUCUUUGGCACCCAGAAAGUGCGCAUGGAGAAGGCUGCCUGGGAAGUCAUCUUCAGAAAAGACGCAGCAAACGGCGCCCUCAUCCUUGGCUUCCAUCUUCCUGCAGGAGCAAAGCGCAAUGAUGCGCACAUUGACCCUGGACGCAUCUAUCUGUCAUUUGAUGUGUACGACCCAGAGAGGUUGGCCGUGAGGCAGAUUGAAAGAGUUGAGGCCGAAGCCAAAUGCAAGGAGUAUGUCCAGGAGAGAGAUGAUGAACUCGAUAAGUAUAAGACGACUAACAACAUUUUCAUGAAGGCACUGCACUACAGGAAUGCUGCUGCAGCUGUGGAGAAGAUUGACCUAAGUGGAGUUCGUUGGUUGAGUCAGAUCCCUUCAGACUCUGAUGUGCUUCCUCUUGGAGAUGGACUCUUGGUCAAGACCGCGGGGACUAUUUGGCAAAAGGAGCAAGGUUUUAUUGGUGCAAAACACACUUUGCUCGGAGAUGCUGUGAUGACCCCCUAUGAGGAACAGGCAAAGGAGGACCUCCUGCGACCCUAA